UGUGCGAGGCGAAUCGAGCCCUAGCUGGGCAUGACUGAUGCUCAGUCAUGUACAUGUACCAAUAGCUUUCUAGUCACAUGUUUGCAGUGAGAAUCCCCUUACACCAAACUUUGUUAGAUUUGAUGUCCAGAAGAUUAAGCACAAUGGUUACGAUAUGCAAGAACCUCUCCAGCACCGUCACCCUGAAUGAUGGGAACACCAUGCCUAUGUUUGGUCUGGGGAUGUACCUCAGCAAAUCGGGCUCUGGCGGCAGUGCUGAAAAGGCUGUCACUCACGCCCUAAAGAAUGGGUAUAAGAUGAUUGACACAGCUGAAUUCUAUGGGAAUGAAAGCGAUGUUGGCCAAGGGAUAAAAGCAUCUGGACUUAAAAGGGAAGAUUAUUUUGUUGUCACCAAAGUCUGGACUAACGGAUCAGCUCAGUGUCGUUCUGCAUUCACAGCAAGUCUUAAAAAAUUGGAUAUUGGUUAUGUAGAUCUCUACCUUAUUCACUCUCCCUCGGGGGGGAAGAUAGUGGAAACCUACAAAACCAUGAUGGAGUUCCAGAAACAAGGACUUAUCAAAUCCAUAGGUGUGUCCAACUUUGGCGUGCACCACCUCCAAGGAAUGAAAGAGGCUGGGUUGCCGACACCAACAGUCAACCAGAUCGAGCUCCACCCUUGGAUGAAGAAGAAGGACAUCGUGCAGUACUGUCAGGCCAACAAUAUUGCAGUCAUGGGUUUCUCGCCCCUUGUGAAAGGUCAAAGAUUUACGGAGCCAUGUUUGAUGGAAGUUGCUGAGAGGUUAGGAAGGACAACAGCUGAAGUUCUUAUCCGGUACAGUGUCCAGAUGGGAUACAUCACAAUCCCCAAGUCUUCAAAACCCGACAGAAUAUUGGCCAAUGCCUCGGUCUUCGACUGGGAGAUUCCACAGUCUGACAUGGAUGUUUUGAAUUCCUUUCCUGAGAAGUCUUGUUCAUGGAACCCCUGUGAGUUUCCAUGGGAAGGGUGAUCACAGCAAUGUCACAACAGUGUGUAAGGGGAUAUUGGCAACAUGUUCCACCCCAAAUCCCCCAAGGCUGUACCAACAUCUAGUCACUGCAACAGCCAUCCUUCAGAAGAUCCGGUGGACAGAUGACUGCCAUAUACCCGGUAUAUGUAAGGAUUUUUAUAUAUUCCAGAUACUAUAUUUAUAUACUCCUGAUAUUUGUUAUGGCACUGCAAUGGUUAGUCCAGUCUUGGUGCUCUCAUUGAAGUUGUUUUUGUUAUUUUGUUACUGACACAAGUGUUAUGAAAUUGUUUUAUUUCUCUUGAAUGGAAUUUCUCUUUGAGUUAUCAUGAUAUAACAUUUAUACUAGGUUUUCAUAUAAUAAUCAGUCCACAGCAAGGGCUUUUUAUAAGUUAUCAUUGUGUAACAUUUAUACAACAUUUUAUAUAAUUAUAGUUUUAAUAGAAAGUAAUACAUAUCAUCAGGUAAAAUGCAUAUACAAAAUAUCAGUAGUUUCAGUCAGUUUUUAGAUAGAU